AUGCCAACAAAACCCAAGAAAAAUCCAGGAAAAAUUCAGAUUAUUGAAAAAGUGGUUCCAUCACAAACAUUUGAUUUAGAUGAAAAAUGUAAAGUUAAAUUUGAUGGUAUACAUGAAAUUGAAGUAACAGUAAAUGAUUUAGAAAAAAUUGGCGAUUUAGGAAGAGGAGCUUAUGGAGUUGUUGAGAAAAUGAGGCAUAGCAAAACGGGUAAAGUAAUUGCUGUUAAAAGGAUUCAUUUAACAUGUAGUGAUAUAAGUCAAAAACAAACAGUUGUUGAAUUAGAUGCAUUAAUGAAAAGUGAUCGUUGCCCACAAAUGGUUCAAUUUUAUGGUGCAAUGUUUAGAGAAGGUGAUGUAUGGAUAUGUAUGGAAGUUAUGGACAUUAGUUUAGAUAAAUUUUAUAAAGCUUGUGUUGAUCAUUCUAUAAUAAUGGAGGAAGAUUUUAUAGCCCGAACUGCAUGGUCUAUUAUUAAUGGAUUACAUUUUAUGAAAGAACAAAUGGAAUUAAUGCAUAGAGAUGUCAAACCUUCCAAUAUAUUAUUAGAUAAAAAAGGAAAUGUUAAAAUAUGUGACUUUGGUAUAUCAGGUCAUUUAACUGAAUCUGUUGCCAAGACUACUCAGGCUGGUUGUCAACCAUAUAUGUCCCCAGAACGAAUAGAAGACGGGGAAUGUAAAACUGCCUAUGAUGUUCGUGCCGAUGUAUGGUCUUUCGGGAUAACUAUUGUAGAGAUAUGUAAUGGAGCACAUCCUUAUAGCAAAUGGAAAACUCCGUUUCAACAAUUACAACAAGUCGUUCAAGAACCUGCACCGAAAGUUUAUGAAAAACUUGGUUAUUCAAAAGAAUUACAUGAUUUUGUCUCUAAGUGUUUAACAAAGAAUCAUAAAGAGAGACCUAAAUAUGAUGCACUUUUAAAACACCCUUUUGUUGAAAAAGGAAAAAACACAACAUUUGAUAUGGGGAAAUUUGUUUGUAUGGUACUCGAUAAAAUUAAAGAGCAGGAAAUUAAGUUCAGGAAAAUAAUUUGA